AUGGUCUGGACCACACGCAAAAGAAAGUACUCUGAGUAUGAUGGUGCACACAUUCCCAAUGACUACGCAACAAAGAAGGCGAAAGCGAAAGCGAAAGCCACCACCAGCCGGUCUACAAAGAGCCCUGAAAAGACGCAUGUACCGCAUCCAACACCCUCUUUACUAAGCCUGCCAGGCGAACUCCGCAACCUCAUCUACACAUUCGCACUGACUGCUCCUUCCAAGCAACUAUCACCUCUACCCACAUCUCGGUGGCGGCGGCUGCGCCAACCCCCAAACAAACACAGCACCUAUCCCCCCGCAUUCAACCAACUCAAACACGUAAACCGCCAACUUUACACAGAAGCCGCUGACUUGGAACUCCGCUACAACACCGUCCGAGCCAAAUAUGCCUCGGAUCUCGAUCUGCUCCUCGCAGGCUGUACCGCAAAACAACGCGGCUGGAUAAACUUUUCAUUGCACUACAAAAGGUUGGAAGACAUCAUACCUAUCUUGCAAAAACGGUGGAUCAGCCCGAUAAAAUGGGACGACCUCGUCUACAUAGCACGUUUCUGCCGGAAACACCCACACAUCCAUGUCGCUAUCACUUUCGCCGACUUCAAGUAUCCCGCCAGCUCAAAGGAGAAUCGUGAUCUGCUGGAGUACUUUCUCACAACCGCCAUGUACAUUUCCAUGGUGUAUAGGCGGAUAGAUCUUACGCAUCUGCUGCCGAGGGCGAUGGCGGAGAGGCCCAUGUAUGGCAUCACAGUGAGCGAUGUUAUACUAGAUAAUGGGGAGAAUUUCGGGAAGACGUGGCCGGUGCUGAAAGAGGCUGUGGAUGAGUUUGAGGCGGAGAAUAUGCGGUUUUUUCCGCGGUGGAAGGGUAGGAGAGAGGAUGUGGUGGAUAGAAUUGCGAAGGGGUGGGCGAAGGCGCAUCGAAGGGACGGCGGGGCUGGGGAAGAUUGGAGAGAAAUUUGCGAAGCGGAAGUUAGACGGUGGUUUAAGGAGGGCAUAUAG